AUGUUCGGGUUUAAAAAUAUUUUGUUUCAAUCGGUGAUUUUUUUAGUGUGGAUUUCACAAAAUUAUACAUUUGGAAGUGAAAUCUUGUGGCAUAUAUGCACAUAUUUAAUAUACGCUAACCUGGUGUUAUGUGUGCUUAUGUACGAUUACGAUUAUUGGGUAAACCGGGGUGUGUUUUCUCCCCCGGCUUUGCCUGUGGUGGGACAUAUCGGGCCUGUGGUCGCGGGGAAAGAACAAGGAGGAAUUUGCUUUAAGAAAAUCUACGACAAAUAUAAGGACAAAAAGAUUUUAGGCAUUCACCAAUUUUUUCGGCGAACUCUCGUCAUCUGCGACCCUGAGCUCAUCAAACGAGUAUGUGUCAACGACUUCAUGUACUUCACGGAUAGAGGAUUCUUCUUCGACAACGAGUUGGAUCCUCUUGCUGGAUCCGUUUUGUACUUGCGAGGAAAUGAGUGGAAGAGAUUACGGGCCAAGAUAUCUCCGAUAUUCUCACCAAUAAAACUUAAAGGAAUGCUACCAAUAAUAGAGAAUACAGCAAACGAGUUUGUUCUACGAAUACAAAAACUUCUAACUGAAGCAAACAAUGAAAAAUCAAAAGAAUCUAAUGCGAUUGAAAAAGAGUACAAUAAUAACGACAAUAAAUCUGCAGUGGUAAAUUCUGAUGAACUAGUGGGAGGCUACACGGCUGACGCGAUAGUACCGUGUGCUUUUGGUGUCAAGAGUCACGUGAUGGACAACGCUAACGAUCCAUUUGCGGUGGCACUUGGAGCAUUUUAUGAAUUAUCAUUCUUCAACAUCUUUGAGAAAAUGAUGAGACACCUGUGGCCGGCUUUCGUGUUGUUUUUCAAAAUGAGAAUCAUACCAAAGAAAACACAUGAUUUCUUCUACAACAUCGUAACCAACGUCAUCAAAGAUAGGAAAAACGGAGUACAAGAAAAACGUGGUGACUUCAUUGACAUGAUGAUGGCUUUGAGGAACGAAGACAGAACUGAUCCUGCAGAGAAGGAAAACGAAGUUAAGAUCACGGACAUGGUGAUAGCAGCAAAUGCUUUUAUAAUCUUUCUUGGCGGUUACGAAACAACUUCCUCAACGCUGGCCUUCAUGUUCCUGGAACUGGCGGCACAUCAAGAAAUCCAGGAGACGAUGAGAGACGAGAUAAAGGAAGUGUACAAGAAACACGGCGGUAAAAUGAGUUCUGAAAUGUUGCAGGACUUAACCUACAUGGAUAUGGUUAUACAGGAGAUAUUGCGCUUGUAUCCCCCAUUCCCCACCAUUCAGCGCAUGUGCACGAAGGACUACCACAUCCCGGGCACCGACGUGGUGCUGGAGAAGGGCACCAUCGUGGUGUUCCCCACGCUGGGCCUACAUAGAGAUGAUCAGUACUUCCCCGAUGCGGAAUCGUUCCGCCCGUCACGCUGGCGGGCAGCGGACGCGGGCGCGGGCGCGGAGGCGGGCGAGGGGGCGCGGGCGGGCGCGGGCGCGGGCGCGGCGGCGGGCGUGUACGCGCCCUUCGGGGACGGGCCGCGCUACUGCGUCGGUAAAAGGUUCGCACUGAACCAAAUGAAAUGCUGUCUCGUAAAGCUGCUGACACACGUGCGCAUAACGCCCGCGACCAAACUCGACGAGCGCGGCCGAACGUUCGUCGAACCGCGAGUGAAACCUUUCGAUGUUGACAUUCGAGCGCCGAUGACGUUACACCCCGCUGAUUCUAGAGUAACACUUAGCUUGUUAUGACGUCACAUGGUAAGGAUUUGUAUAUAAAAUACGAUAGUCGGUACCUUAUUAAUAUAUAUGAUGUUUAU